AUGUCUCUGCAGGAGGAGGGCAGUGGUUCUACCCUGCCAGCUACAGCUCCUCUUCAGCCCUUCCUGAGCUCCGUCCCCGAGGACCUCCACCAGGAGAGGGAGUACCUGCGGGCUGAGGUGUUUCCUCACCUGGACUCGCUGUGCCGGGCCAGGGGCACCUGCUUCAAGCCCGUAGAACUGCGAGAGGGAGAGAAGGAUGGAGUAGAGGGAGAGGGAGAGAGGGAUGGUCCCCCUCACCGCCGACACCCCAUCUCCUCCCAGCGGUUGAAGAUCUCCCUGGAUCUCGUCGGCAACGCCCCCUUCUUCCUAUGCAUGCUGGGACACCGUUACGGGCAGUGCCGGCCCGAGGGGGCCCCGCCCCUUCCUGCCACCCAGGAGACGGGGCGCGACCCGCCCUCCCCCCUGGAGAGGAACCUCUACACAGCCGGGAGGAACGGCUACCCCUGGGUCCUCCAGGGCCGGAACCAGACCUGCAGCUUCACCGAGCUGGAGGUCACCCAGGCCCUCCUCACGCACGGGCCCGGGACCUCAUUCUUUUACUUCCGGGACUACUCCUUUGGGAAGGAUGAGGAGGAGGAGGAGGAGGAGGAGGAGGAAGGGCAGAGGGAGUUGCUGCUGAGCGUGUGGAGCAGCCAGUCGGAGUACGAGAGGAGGAGGGCCAGGGAGCUGAAGCUGCGGAUCGCGGACGGCUGUCUGCCCGUCAGGUUCUUCCGAAGCCUCUCCGAGCUGGGACAGCUGGUCCGGGCAGACUGGGUCCGGAUCAUCGACCAGCUUUACCCGCUCCACGUACAGGCCAGGAGCUUGGACCCGCAGGGCUUGUUGGAGCACUGGUGCCAUGAAAGUGCGGCUGAGCACCUGUGCCGCACGUUUGUCCCGUGGGCUCAAGCCGAGCGGGCGCUGGAGACCCUCGACUCUUUCGCACUUUCUGCCGUCUGCGACCCCGACAUGCCGGAGACUCGGUUAAACAGCGAGCAACAGGACCGGGAGAGCCACGCGUCCAUCCUCCUCCUCUGUGGUGCAAGGGGUUGUGGGAAGUCCGCCCUGGCUGCUUGGUGGCUCCAGCAAUUCCGGAAAAAGAACCCUGGGAUACCGAUCGUUCCGCAGUUCUCGGGAUUCUGUUCCUCCGGCGCUGAUGUCAGGUCUCUGCUGAGGAGUACCACCUUUCUACUCCGGCAGGCCCACUACGGUGCGCAGGCUCAGUGGAGCGAGCGGGUGGAGGAGAGGGUGGAGCUCGGGCCCCUCCCCCUGGUGGUGCAGGCCUUCUCUGCAGCUGCGGCUCUCGGGCCCUGUGUUCUGCUUCUGGACGGACUGGAUCAGCUGACCGACACCCUGGGACUCUCAGCACAGCAGGUCAAAGAGCUGCAGUGGCUUCCUGAAACGCUGCCCUCCCAAUGCAGGCUCAUAGUCACCACCACCUCCACAGACCUGUCCUACACGUCUCUCGUCUGUAGACCAGACGUGCGGGCACUGAGCUGCCCCGGCCAAUCAGAGCCCGUCGUCAGGCGGACUAUCCUGCUCAGCCACCGGGGCCUGCCCAGCGUGAGCGUACCCGAAUCUCUGCUGCAGAGCAUUGUGGGUAAAAGGCCGGCCCUCCUGCCGGCCCCCCUGGCCAUUCUGGGCUCGGAGCUCCGGACCUGCGGCGUCCUGAGAGAGGAAGAGGAGGAGGAAGAGCUGCUCGAGCGGUACCUGGAGACGGAAACGUUGCCGGAGCUCUGGGCACUGGUCAUACGCCGGUGGCUGAGAGACUACAGCUGGGUGGCGGAGACGAGGACCGGGAAAAGAAGGACAAAGCUCCCCUACCCGCCUGAACCCGCAACCCCGCAAUUCAGAGGCUGGGUGUGGGACACCCUGUGUCUGCUGCACGUGUCCCGUUCAGGCCUAGGGAAGGAGGAUCUCCUGCACUGUUUGAGGGUUCUGGGGUACCGGAGGGCCCAGCGGAUCCUGCCUCAGCACUGGGCCCUCUUCCGUACAGCCGCGGGGCCCUGGAUCCGGGAGAGCCCCGGCGGUCAGCUGACCCUCACCCACCAAUCGCUGGGCCAGGCUGUGGAGCUCCUCCUCCUGAAGAACGGGGGUCGGAGCAGGAGGGCGUACCGCAGGGUCCUGGUGGAAGGGCUUCAGAGAGGGGACCGUCCCAGCUGGAGCCAGGCCAAGGUGCUGGAGGAGGUGGCCUGGGGCCUGGAGCAGGGCAAAGCCUGGGAGGAACUGCACGCCCUCCUGACUGAUCCAGACACCGUAGAGCUCCUGUCCAGGAGUCCAGUCCACUUUCAGCUGAAGACGGAUGUGGUCAGGUACUGGACCCGGCUGGGCCGGGCGGGCUAUGAUGCCCUCACCUCACUCCAGGGACUGCUGGCGCCGGGACAACCGGGUCCUAUGAAGGACCGCACGGUCACAGGGGUCGCUGGGUCCAGCAGGAAAGACGCGGCCUCCCACAGGACUUUUGUUACCGAGGUGCAGAGAGAUGGUGGAGCAUUCAGUGUUCUCCAGGAGCCAGAGGUCAAAGGUCGAAUCAUGGCCUUCUCCGCCGAGGUCCUGUUUGGUCUGGGGAAGGUUCCGGAAGCAGAGCAGACACUACUGCAGAUGGAGGCUCUUCUCCAACAGGCCGUGGGGCCAGAGGGGGGCGCUGCAGUCGCCCUGCUGCACGUCCAGCACGGCCUCGCGGAGCUGAGCACGCACAGUCACCAGCCCCACAGAGCGGAGACGCACUGCAGGAGCGCGCUGGAGUCCGCCCAGCUCCUCAUCACCGCGCACGCGGAGGAGACAGAGCAUGCGCAGCAGCUCAGAGGUCAGUUGCUCUGCAAGCUGUGCCAGCUGCUGAUAAUGAUUGGCUGUCCUGAUGAGGUCCCUGGGAUUCUGGAGGAGAUCGGAGCUGUCAAUCAUGCCAGUGCCCACCCCUGCGCGGAGGCCACAGUGCGAUUUCUACAGGGACUCAGCGAGCUGCAUCAGGGGAGCGAGGCCGCUGCUGAACGCUUCUUUCGGGUCGCCCUUGCCACCAGGGGGCGCUGGUACGGCCCCGAACAUCCGCUGGUGGCAGAGGUGGAGGAGCACCUGGCCGACGUUCUGGUGGGGCACUGCAGGGAGACCGAGGUCAGCCUGGGCGAAGCAGCGCAACUCUACCGGCACGUGCUCCAGGUCAAAGGGCAAGAGGCGGGGCCCCGCCCGCCGACAUCGCCACUGGCGCGGCCGAUCGGAUGCAGCCUGGCCGUCACCCUGGUCAAACUAGGGAAACUGCUCAUGGGAGACAGCAGCCGUGCUGAAAGGGGAGAGGCGGUCGCUCUCCUGGAGAGGGCGUUGGACCUGAGAGUCCGCCUGUUGAGCCCUGACCACCAGCUCACCCGGGAGGUCGCAGAGGUUCUGAGGUCAGAGGUCAGCGGGUCGGGAAGGCCCAGCACCAGGCUGGGCUCCAGGUCCGCGUUCAGCGCCGAGAGGACGCAGACCGGCAAGAGCAGCAGGUCCAGGUCGCCGGGCAACAAGGACGACCAGUCCCGUGCGCUCACUGACACUCCCUAUCCCAUCCGGAGCCAGAACCGGAGCUGGAACCAGAGCCGGGCGUCCCAGAGACCCGGGACCGCCUGCCAGACCUCCGUGUUUGGACCUGGGAGCAGCAUCAGCGAUCUGGACCCGGCACCCCGAGUGCAUUCCCCCAGCAGAGUCCUGCACAAGUCCGCCUGGUUCCACCUGCCAGGCCGGUACCCCAUCAAACACCCAGAGAGACAGUUACACCCCCCCAAGACAACCACACACCCAGAGAGACAGCUACAGCAAGAUUAA